AUGACACCGACGUCGGUCGCAACAACAACGACUCCUCACAUUCCCCAGUGUUCUUGUAAAGAGAGAGAAAAGACGACCAAUAUGGAAGGCAACAGAAGCGACUGCAAACAAACUUUAAACGGUGGGAACUUGUCCUGGCUCAGCUCAUUCUCUGAGAUAGCCGAUGAGCUGCAGUGAAGCGUUAGUACAAACAUUUCAAGUUUUGUUAUGAGUGUUGAAUUUAUCAUCGCAAAUACUAGACAUAAUGUGUGAACUUUUAGGCUAGUUACUGUGAGGCUCCGCCCCCUCACUGGGUUACGGUAGGACUUUUCGUGAAAUUUUCUAACUUUUUAACGGAUCGACUGCAAACUUUUUUUUUCAAAACAAAAAUAACGGUAUUUCGAAGCAUUUUUUUUUGAAAAACUAAGGAAAAAAAAUUUUUUCACCUUGAAAAACAUUUUUUCUUUUAAAAAUCGUUGAUUUUUUUUCCUUUUUUGGGCUUUUUUUGGACGGUUAAGACAACGAAUGUAGUAAAAAUUUUAUUUCAUAAAUCAAAGCGAAAAAAACCUUUCUUAGUCAGCUUUGGAGUUUCUUUCUUUGGGUUUGGUCACAAAGCAAGUUGACCAUCUCAAAAAAUGAAAAUUUUCAGAUCGCUGCGAAAUUUGCUGAAAGUUUAUGUAGUUAGUCACAUGGAACUUUUUGCUUAGCAUGUUUUUUUUCAAGUUUUGAACUCAUUUUCCUAAAAAAAAAAUAAGGUUAUUUUUCGUCGUUCUUUUUCAAAAAAACUUAAAUACUGACCGUGCGCCUUCGAAUAAGAUCAAAAAUUCGUUCAAGACUAUUUUCUUACAGACGCAGUCGCUUACAUUGCCGUCCUUUUGGGUUUUUUACUUAUUGUUUCGAUCAUUUUUACAACUUGCCUAGUUGUGAAGUUCAAAAACGUAUUGAAGAGGAGGAAUCGAAAACGGGAUAGUGUAAGAAGAUAAUUUUUUGAACUUUGAUCAAAAACUACUUUUUGAAGGUUGAUGAGUGUAGCGCGCAGAAUUCGUUUAAAGAAGAGAGAGGAAGAAACUGCGGCGGUGAGGAAAGGCUCCAGGAGGUGACCACGGAUUUGGAUCCUUCUUUCACAGUUCUGAAACAACACGUCCAACCUGAAGAAGCCCCUGCCCAGAUGUACCUGAGCGUCUAG